AUGCUCGCCCCGCUGCUCGCACUCCUUCUGGCGGGGUCGGUUCUCGCCCAGUCCGAUUCACCAUCCGCAUCCAACACCGAAGUCACAACACCAGUGACGACCGGACCUAUCGCCUCCUUCGUUAGUGAGGUGUUGACUGAGCCCACACUCGCCCCAUCGCCCGCUCUCACAGCCACACCCACUAACGGCUCUGCUGGGUCUGCUUCAGAUGUCAACGAAGGUGGAAGUGAUGGCGACGGAGGCGCAAGCGGUGAAGUCGACAUCACACGCACCGACAUCACGACGCCUGUGACUGCAGGCCCAAUCGCGACUUUCGUCAGCAGCGUGCUCGCCGGCGCUCCGACCAGCGUGCCAAGUGGGGCCCUUCGUCUGCAGACUGUCUCCGUCACCGCUUCCGCUGCCACCUCCGCGUCCGCCACCAGGGCUUCCUCAGCUACAGCCUCUGACUCACCGGUGCCAGCCAGCGAACCAACCGCCUCUCUCAACGGCUCCGUGUUACCCUCCAGCUCUAUAACCUCCUUCGCGGCUGCCUCGCCGACCUUUUCAUAUCCUCAGCCACCCCUCCCGAAGGUGACGGUGCGCACGCCCCCUCAGGCGUUCGCCCUGAACUCUUUGACCCAACGCCCCCGCGAGCGUCGCUACACGCUGCGCCUGUCGUACGCCGCCGGGUCUCCCGAUGGCUUCCUGCGCCGCAUGUCUGUCAUCAACGGGCAGUUCCCUGGCCCCUUGCUUCAAGCCACGGUGGGCGACACGCUCGUCAUCACCGUCAUCAACGACCUUGACACACCGCAGAGCGUGCACUGGCACGGUAUCCGGCAGGAGGGGACGGGAUACUACGACGGUCCACCGGGUAUCACACAGUGCCCCAUCGCCCCCGGAGGUCGGUUCACGUAUCGCUUCAAGUGCACCAGCUACGGCACGUACUGGUACCACUCGCACUAUGGCAACACGCUCGCUGAUGGGCUCUACGGCGCGCUGAUCGUCUACUCCCCCGACGACCCCAUCAAGCGCUGGCGCGACUUCGACAACGAGAAGGUCCUGUUCGUGAGCGAUUGGUACGAUGACCAGAGCGACACGAUCGUCAACGGCUUGCACAACCUCAGUGCCGGAUACAGGGGGCAGCCGUUCGCGACGAUGCCGGACUCGGUGCUGAUCAACGGGGUGGGGCAGACGGACUGCGCCAAGGCCCAGGCCGGGGUGAAGUGCACUCGCACCCGCCCUGCAACCGUGCAUGCCCGCCUGGGCUCGAGACUGAAGCUCCGCCUCAUCAACCCCGGCAGCGAGAGUCUGAUCCGAGUCAGUGUGGACCAGCACGUCCUCCAACUCGUCGAGGUGGACGAUACGCCCGUACGCCCCGUGUUCAUGCACGAGGUGUCUCUGGCGGUUGGGCAGCGCGUCAGCGUCAUCCUGCACCUAAACCAGGGCGGGGUGGGGGAUGCGUUCUGGAUCCGCGCGCGCGCGGCUGCCGGGUGCAUCUUUCGAGGCUUCGAGAUGGAGACGCGUGCUGUUCUGCGGUACACUGAUCGCUUCGGCCUGACUUGGUCUCGACGCCCACCGACCAGCGCGCCCUGGCCCGAUCGCGCAGCCACACUCGCGCCCUGCCUCGACAGUGACCAGGAGCACACGCUCGUUCCCGUCGAGAAGGAGCCCCUCGGCCCCGUCUCAGCUAGGGGGCGGUUGGACAGCAUGGCGGGCCGGUUCGUUGAUCCCGUCACUGGUGCGGACUUUCUCGGAUUCGGUAUCGGCGCCAAUGGCGGACAGCGGGUGACAUACACGAACUACAUCAACGACCCCGUGCUGAAGCAGGUGAUGGAUGGGCGGGCCCUGAACAGCAGCCACUUCGCGCACCUCUCCCUCAACGGAAGCAGGAACCAGACGGCAGACAUACUUCUGAACCAGCUUGAUCGCGCUCUGACACACCCGUUCCACCUGCACGGACGGCCGUUCACGAUCCUCGCCCGCGGGGAAGGGAGUACGACCCUGGAGGAACUGGGGAAGGUCGAGAUGAACCCGCCCAAUCCACUCAGACGGGAUACGAUCCUCAUGCCCAACGGCACGUGGGCGCUGUUGAGGGUGCCGCUGGAUGAUCCGGGCGUGUGGCCGAUCCACUGCCACCUCGGCUGGCACCUCGCGAAUGGCAAGUUGGGCGUCGUCGUUGUGCGUCCCGAGGUGGUAAGGGGGUUCGAGCAGCCGAAGGAGUGGCUUGGGCUCUGCACUGGUGACCCGGACGAGAUUGGACCAGCUAAGCGUGCAAUCUACGACGACGCCGAGCCCGAGUCCGUUCCAGGGAAGAACGCGACGGCCACCAAACCUGGAUCUUCGUCCAACCACACCGGAGUCAAGAAUGCCACCGUCCCUGUCCCUCCCUCGAUACCCUCCAACACGUCCGUCUCCGCCUCUGACCCCGACGCCGAGUCGGACACCGAGGCCGACCAUACCCCCGUUUUCGCCGUGUUCGAGACACCCUCGGACAAGAGCUAUGCCAACUCUGCCGCCGCAGCGUACGACCACAUCCCCGCCGAUGCUGCCGAGGCGUGGUCCGCCCCAGGGCUCGUGGGCAAUGUCUCCGUCGGCGGCGGAGCCACGCCGCUGGACUCGGCUAGGCGGCAGGGGCUGCUCAACAACGGCUCAGGUGUCCCUGAUACCGCCGACAUGGGCUCGACUUCUACCACCAGUCCCUCAGCGAACUCGACAGUGGCCGCGCCCCUCAACUUGUCUGCCUCGGCCCUCCCCAGCUCAUCUAACAGCAAGGGUGGCAAGGAAAAGGGCACAGACAAGUCGAAGGGCGAUGGGCACGUGAAGCCUGCCAAUGGGAAGGGACCAAAGGACAAGGACGACUCGCAUGGGCACGGAGACGCCAAGCCAGCCAAGGGCGAUCGUGAACAAGGCCAGAAGGGUACCAAGGUCAUCGAGGUCACCGAGGAGUAG